AGCAACAUCUUUUAUUAACUUUUCUCCCUAAACGUUAUGGAUAAGGCUUCUGUUGGGCCUAGUAUACCUGGUGGACAAACUCAGCCUUCAUUGAUCGCUAUAGGGACAACAAGUUCAGUUUAUGCGAUUGAUAGCUGUUUUGUCCUGAAACGUCGCCCUAAACCAUCCGACGAUUUUGCUCACCUGGCCUAUAACAUCGAAAUCCGCGCUUAUGAACGGUUGGGUAAUCAUCCACGAAUCGCAACCUGUCGAGAAGUAACGGAAAAUGGCAUAAUCAUAGAGCGCGGUGAAUGUCUACGCAAGAAAAUACAGAGCGAGGGACCAAAGACGACAAUGCAGACCAGACUACGAUGGGCCCGAGAGGCUGCAGAGGGCUUGCGCUACAUACAUCAUAAAAAUAUUAUCCAUGCUGAUGUUGGUUGUCAUAAUCUACUCUUGGAUCGGUCGGGCCAUAUAAAGUUUAUUGACUUUGCUGGCUCUGGUAUCGAUGGAGAAGCUCCUUUAGUAUGCUACGAAUGGUGUAGCUAUCGGCCGGGAUCGGAACCUGAUAUCAAAACAGAUAUGUUCGCCUUCGGCUCGACCCUUUUUGAAAUAGAGACGGGUAAGAAACCUUACCACGACUUAGAGAAGACUCUUGAGACUGGACAAUUAAUGAGAAGAGUGGAGCAUCUUUUUACUGUGGGGCAGUACCCCAGAGUAGAUAUGCUCAUACUUGGUGGCGUCAUUUUACGUUGUUGGAACGGAUACUAUAGCUCAAUGGAUGAAGCCAUGAGAGAUAUAGACGCUUGCUGCCAGGAUAAGCAUGGUAGAAGCAAGAUCACAUCUCGUGGCUUUGGGCAAUGUGUUUUAUUUUGAUGUAUUGGUAUUUGUAUAUUACAGAACGUUCGUCGACGUUUGCGGAGGUUUCUUACCGGGAGACAAAUUACAUAUGGCACUUGUUUAUGAUCUAGUAGUGGAUAGUUUAAGGGGACCAUUUAUAUGUGUUAACGACUCUGACACGGUUAGGUCAAAGUACG